CAACUCCAUAAGUUAGAUACUGUAUAUGCGACAUCUGCGUCCAAGCUUGAAGUUGCUCACCACAAGGCCGUCCUGUCCGGCUGCACAAAAAAAUUUUUUCCGCUGCACUAGACAGCUCGCUUCGCACAAUGGCAGAAGACCAGUCGGUUGGCGGGUCGAGUGAGCUUAUUUCUGCGCCAACACAGCUGUCUCUGCCGCUGCCGUACGCCCCAUCGAUCCGAAUUCAUCUCCACCUGACCGUCCAAAGGACGAACACGGUGCUGUUCCUCACCACGUCGGAAACGGAUGCUGCACCGACGAGCUGUCCGCUGGGAAGCUUUGUUUACGCCAUCCCAAAUCGGAACCCUUCGUCGCCGCCUCUCACGACUCCGCUUUACAGCCAGACCCGGACGCUAGAUUUGGCGACCAGGAUGGCGUCGACGAUCGCUCGCAAGACGGGGAAGCCCGCGUACGUGGGCAAUUCAAUGAGUUUUGCCGGUGCCGGCCGUGGAGGGGACGCCGACGAAGAGAUCGCUGGAUUCAAGAGGAUAGUUGACGUGGUGAUGGCUGAGAUAGAGAAGUCCGAUGCCGCGAAGAUGGUCAACGGGACUUGAAGGGGCGUCGGUUGCGUCGUGUUCGUGUUGCAAAUGAAAACCGGGCUUCCUUGGAUUCCUGGCAGAUUCAAAGCUGGGAAGACAAAAUCAAAUGCCUUUCCCGGGUGCAGACUUGGGGAGCUGAUGCAACGGCUAAUUUUGGUGGUCUGUUGCGAAAGAACAACGUCCAGUCGUCCUCACUGGACGUACUCUGCAUAUGGGAAUGGAGAGAAAACGGAGUCCAGCGCACAAGGCAGAGGCAGAAAGUGAGCCGGGAAGGAACCGCAGCUAUGCCGUCAGAGUCAACAGCGCAUGUAUGUACGCUCUGCCUUGAAUGCUUCCAAGAGACGUUGAUACGGAAAAACGUGUAAAUUAUUUUUGUCCGUGAUGGCUCUGCUAAGAUCCAAACCUAUGUACAAGGCGUUGCCUAACUCCAGAUAAUGACCAAAACACGAAUUAGAGACUGUUUCCA